UUGAACUUUCCAGCGGAGUUGCGGCCGCCGCGAGGUUCCCGGCAGUGCGGCCCCGGCGCGGAGCUGGGAGCCUCGGCCAGCGCCCGGCGCCCGCGCUCCACCCCCCGCCCCCGACCCGCAGCCAUGGAGCCCGGGGCGCCCGGCGCGGCCCUGACCCUCUGCCUCUGGCUGCUGGCCUGCGGGGGCUGCCUGGCCGGCGGCCCCGGCGCCGCGGCGGCUCGGCGGCUGGACGAGUCCCUGUCGGCCGUGAGCGUCCAGCGCGCGCGCUGCUCGUCCAGGUGCCUCAGCCUGCAGAUCACGCGCAUCUCCGCCUUCUUCCAGCACUUCCAGAACAAUGGUUCCCUGGUUUGGUGCCGGAAUCACAAGCAAUGUUCUAAGUGCCUGGAGCCGUGCAGGGAGUCGUGGGACCCGCGGAAGCAGCAGUGCCAGAGCUUCUGUGAGCCUCUGUUCCCCAAGAAGAACUACGAAUGCUUGACGAGCUGUGAGUUCCUCAAGUACGUCCUGUCGGUGAAGCAGGGGGACUGCCCAGCCCCUGAGAAGGCCAGCGGGUUCGCCGCCGCCUGCGUGGAGAGCUGCGAAGCCGACAGGGAGUGCUCCGGGGUGAAGAAAUGUUGUUCGAACGGGUGUGGACACACCUGCCAGGUGCCCAAGACCCUGUACAAAGGGGUCCCCCUGAAGCCCAGAAAAGAGUUGCGAUUUACAGAACUACAGUCUGGACAGCUGGAGGUCAAGUGGUCCUCGAAAUUCAACAUUUCCAUAGAGCCCGUGAUCUACGUAGUGCAAAGGAGGUGGAAUUAUGGAAUCCAUCCCAGCGAAGACGACGCCACGCAGUGGGAGACGGUGGCCCAGACCACCGACGAGCGGGUCCAGCUGACCGACAUUCGACCCGGACGGUGGUACCAGUUCCGAGUGGCAGCUGUCAACGUUCACGGGACCCGAGGCUUCACGGCCCCCAGCAAACACUUCCGCUCCUCCAAAGACCCGUCUGCACCCCCCGCCCCGGCCAACCUCCGGCUUGCGAAUUCCACCAUAAACGGUGACAACACCGUGACCGUGGCCGUGGUUUGGGAUCUCCCCGAAGAACCAGACAUCCCCGUGCACCACUACAAGGUGUUUUGGAGCUGGACAGUCAGCAGCAAAUCCCUUGUCCCCACGAAAAAGAAGCGGAGGAAGACCACGGAGGGGUCCCGGAAUUCCGUGCUCCUGGACCGCCUGCAGCCGGACUGCGGCUACACCGUGGAGCUUCAGGCCAUCGCGUACUGGGGGCAGACGCGCCUGAAGGGGGCCAAGGCCUCCCUGCACUUCACGCCCGCGCGCGCCGCCGGCCACAAAGAGCAACUUGGGAAAACGGGAAAGAGCGUGACACACGUGCAGCCGCCUUUCCAACGACGACGGCCCACGCGGCUCCUGGAAAUUGGAGCCCCCUUCUAUCAAGACAACCAACUUCAGGUGAAGGUCUACUGGAAAAAGACCGAAGAUCCCGGUGUCAGUCGCUACCAUGUGCAGCGGCUCCCAGAGGCCUGUGCCCAGAACCGGAGCAGCGCGGCCGAGGCCUCCUCCGGCAUCACCCAGGACAACUACAUCAUUCUUCAAGAUCUGUCGUUCUCCUGCAAAUACAAGGUGACCGUGCAGCCCACGCGACCCAGCGGCCGCCUGAAGGCAGAGACGGUGUUCUUUACCACGCCGCCCUGCUCCGCCCUGAAGGGGAAGAGCCACAAGCCCGUUAGCUGCCCCGGAGAGCCAGGUCACGUGACGGCCAAAGUGCUCGCCAAGCCCGAAAACCUCUCUGCCUCCUUCGUCGUCCAGGAUGCCAACAUCACGGCCCACUUCUCCUGGAAGAUGGCCAAGGCCAACCUCUACCAGCCCAUGACCGGCUUCCAAGUGACCUGGGCCGAGGUCACGACUGAGAGCAGACAGAACAGCUUACCCAACAGCAUCAUCUCCCGCUCGCAGAUCCUGCCUUCGGACCAUUACGUCCUCGCGGUGCCCAACCUGAGACCGUCCACGCUGUACCGACUGGAAGUGCAGGUGUUGACCGCGGGAGGCGAAGGCCCGGCCACCAUCAAAACCUUCUGGACGCCCGACCUCACGCCGCCCUCCGCGCACAGACCCCAUCUGAGAGCUCGGCAUCCCCACCACCACCCGCCUUCUCCAGAAAGACACUAAACGGUUCCAACAGCGUCUGAGAAUCACGGAACGAGCCGGCGGGUGGAGCUGCGCGGCGUCGACACAGGGCUACAAGGGCCGCGGGUGCCCCGCAUGACCUCCCUCUCCCGUGUGACCGUGUGCCCUGGGUCCCUCUGCCCAUCUCAACGCAGAUGGAAAGGACUGACGCACGGCCACCGGUGGGGGUGGACACCACUUCCCGGCAUGGAGGAAAUGACGAGGCCCCCACGCAGGACAUCCCCGUACCCCCAUCGGCGCACACACCGUCUGGAUCUCCACGGGACGGCCGCACAGCGAGAGCUCCCGGACCCGGAGCCGCGCAUGCCCGGAACACAUCCGUGUAACACACAUGCAGGGCACACUCGUACCGAGCGUGACGUCCAUCAAUAAAACGUUUUUAAAAGUUCAA